CGGUCCUGGGAAGCGAGCUAUGGCGACGGCGCAGCACUGUCCUCUUUGCCGCCAGACUUUCUUCUGCGGGCGCGGCCACGUUUACAGUCACAAGCACCAGCGGCACCUGAAGGUGGCUUUGGAGCGGCUGUUGCCCCAGGUGGAAGCCGCGCGCAAGGCCGUGCGCGCCGCCCAGGUGGAGCAAUUCGCGCCCGAGCAUUUGCGGCGCUGCUGGUGCCCCUGCUGCAGCUGUGAGGUGCAGAAGCACUUGAGCCACGGCAACUUGACGGUGCUGCACGGCGGCCUGCUGGAGCACCUGGCCAGCCCAGAGCACAGGAAAGCAACCAACAGAUUCUGGUGGGAGAACAAGGCCAAAGUCCAGAUGAAAGAGAAGUUUCUGAUCUCCCCACAGGAUUACACAAGGUUCAAGAAAUCCAUGGUAAAAAGUCUGGAUUCCUAUGAGGAAAAAGAGGACGAGAUGAUCAAACAGAUGGCAGCUCAGAUCCGCGAGGUGGAGCAGAACCAGCAGGAGGUAGUUCGGUCUGUCUUAGAGCCUCAGGCAGUGCCAGACCCAGAAGAGGGCUCUGCGGUACCUGGAAACUGGAGGAUUGCUAACCACGCAGCUGCCCCCACGCAGCAGCCUCAGUACUUGGGCCUGCCACCUGCCCCCGAGUUUGACUGGAUGGAGACAGGACCGUCUCUGACAUUCAUUGGCCAUCAGGACACACCAGGUGUUGGCAACAUCCACUCAGGUGCCACCCCUCCCUGGCUGGUCAAAGAGGAGGAGCACAGUUCUGGGAGCCAGCAAAUAGGACCCUCCUAUGAAGAGUUUCUUAAAGAAAAGGAAAAGGAGAAAUUAAAGAAACUGCCUCCUGAUCGAGUCGGGGCCAACUUUGACCACAAUUCCAGCACAGGCACAGGCUGGCUACCCUCUUUUGGACGUGUCUGGAACAAUGGGCGGCGCUGGCAAUCCAGGCAUCAGUUCAAAACUGAAGCUGCGGCAAGGAACAAGCAGUUGGAUAAAAAAGCUAAAGGGAUUUAAAGCCUAUGAACCUGCACUUGCCACUGUUUCAUUAACUACCUGAUUGAAGAAACAACACAUAUCCAU